GGCUCGGGCCGGUCCGCCCGCGCGCAGGUGAGCGAGCCAGGGCGGAGCGCAGCUGCGCCGGGCUUGGGCGCCUGCGGCCGCCGCUCCCCACCGUCGCUUUCCCCACCGAGGCCGAGGCGACCCGAAGUCAUGGCCGGUCUGAACUGCGGGGUCACUAUCGCCCUGCUAGGGGUUCUGCUGCUGGGUGCGGCGCGCCUGCCGCGCGCGGCAGAAGCUUUUGAGAUUGCUCUGCCACGAGAAAGCAACAUUACAGUUCUUAUAAAGCUGGGGACCCCGACUCUGCUGGCAAAACCCUGUUACAUCGUCAUUUCUAAAAGACAUACAACCAUGUUGUCCAUCAAGCCUGGAGAAAGAAUAGUCUUUACCUUUAGCUGCCAGAGUCCUGAGAAUCACUUUGUCAUAGAGAUCCAGAAAAAUAUUGACUGUAUGUCGGGCCCAUGUCCUUUUGGGGAGGUUCAGCUUCAGCCCUCAACAUCGUUGUUGCCUACCCUCAACAGAACUUUCAUCUGGGACGUCAAAGCCCAUAAGAGCAUCGGUUUAGAGCUGCAGUUUUCCAUCCCUCGCCUGAGGCAGAUUGGUCCGGGUGAGAGCUGCCCAGAUGGAGUCACUUACUCCAUCAGUGGCCGAAUCGAUGCCACUGUGGUCAGGAUCGGAACCUUCUGCAGCAAUGGCACUGUGUCCCGGAUCAAGAUGCAAGAAGGAGUGAAAAUGGCCUUACACCUACCAUGGUUCCACCCCAGAAAUGUCUCCGGCUUCAGCAUUGCAAACCGCUCAUCUAUAAAACGUCUGUGCAUCAUCGAGUCUGUGUUUGAGGGUGAAGGCUCAGCAACCCUGAUGUCUGCCAACUACCCAGAAGGCUUCCCUGAGGAUGAGCUCAUGACGUGGCAGUUUGUCAUUCCUGCACACCUGCGGGCCAGCGUCUCCUUCCUCAACUUCAAUCUUUCCAACUGCGAGAGGAAGGAGGAGCGGGUUGAGUACUACAUCCCGGGCUCCACCACCAACCCCGAGGUGUUCAAGCUGGAGGACAAGCAGCCUGGGAACAUGGCGGGGAACUUCAACCUCUCCCUGCAAGGCUGUGACCAAGAUGCCCAAAACCCAGGGAUCCUCCGGCUGCAGUUCCAAGUUUUGGUCCAACAUCCACAAAAUGAAAGCAAUAAAAUCUACGUGGUUGACUUGAGUAAUGAGCGAGCCACGUCCCUUACCAUCGAGCCACGGCCCGUCAAACAGAGCCGCAAGUUUGUCCCUGGCUGUUUCGUGUGUCUAGAAUCUCGGACCUGCAGCACCAACCUCACCCUGACAUCUGGCUCCAAACACAAAAUCUCCUUCCUUUGUGAUAAUCUGACACGUCUGUGGAUGAAUGUGGAAAAAAACAUAAGCUGCACAGACCACCGGUACUGCCAAAGGAAGUCCUACUCACUCCAGGUGCCCAGUGACAUCCUCCACCUGCCUGUGGAGCUGCAUGACUUCUCCUGGAAGUUGCUGGUGCCCAAAGACAGGCUCAGCCUGGUGCUGGUGCCAGCCCAGAAGCUGCAGCAGCAUACGCAUGAGAAGCCCUGCAACACCAGCUUCAGCUACCUCGUGGCCAGUGCCAUACCCAGCCAGGACCUGUACUUCGGCUCUUUCUGCCCGGGAGGCUCUAUCGAGCAGAUCCAGGUGAAGCAGAACAUCUCGGUGACCCUUCGCACCUUUGCCCCCAGCUUCCGACAAGAGGCCUCCAGGCAGGGCCUGACAGUGUCCUUUAUACCUUAUUUCAAAGAGGAAGGCGUUUUCACGGUGACCCCCGACACAAAAAGCAAGGUCUAUCUGAGGACCCCCAACUGGGACCGGGGCCUGCCAUCCCUCACCUCAGUGUCCUGGAACAUCAGCGUGCCCAGAGACCAGGUGGCCUGCCUGACUUUCUUUAAGGAGCGGACUGGCGUGGUGUGCCAGACAGGGCGUGCAUUCAUGAUCAUCCAGGAGCAGCGGACCCGGGCUGAGGAGAUCUUCAGCCUGGACGAGGAUGCGCUCCCCAAGCCGAGAUUCCACCAUCACAGCUUCUGGGUCAACAUUUCUAACUGCAGCCCCGCGAGCGGCAAGCAGCUAGACCUGCUCUUCUGGGUGACACUUACCCCAAGGACUAUGGACUUGACUGUCAUCCUCAUCACAGUGGUGGGAGGUGGAGCCUUACUGCUGUCUGCCCUCGGACUCAUCAUUUGCUGUGUGAAAAAGAAGAAAAAGAAGACAAACAAGGGCCCCGCCGUGGGUGUCUAUAAUGGCAACAUCAAUACCGAGAUGCCAAGACAGCCAAAAAAGUUUCAGAAAGGGCGAAAGGACAAUGAUUCCCACGUAUAUGCGGUCAUCGAGGAUACCAUGGUGUAUGGGCAUCUGCUACAGGAUUCCGGCGGGUCCUUCCUGCAGCCCGAGGUGGACACCUACCGGCCGUUCCAGGGCACCAUGGGGGUCUGCCCUCCCUCCCCACCCACCAUAUGCUCCAGGGCCCCAACUGCAAAGUUGGCCGCUGAAGAGCUGCCUCCUUGCUCCCCUCCUGAGUCCGAGAGUGAACCGUACACCUUCUCCCACCCCAACAACGGGGAUGUAAACAGCAAGGACACAGACAUUCCCUUGCUGAACACUCAGGAGCCUGUGGAGCCAGCAGAAUAAUUUGAUCCCUUCCAGGGAAUUUGCUGAGUUUCAUAAAGCAGGGCACUGAGACACCCAUCCGUGUUCCUAACCAGAAAUCCUAAAGAAGAGGAAUUAUACAGAAGGAACAGCAGGAGAUUUUCCUGGACACCACCAACUUCACAUUGCUCAGUGGACUCAUUCUAAGCACAAGACACUGAAAAUGAUGAAUUCUCAUCUGGAUACAGUCAUGACAGCUCAUGUCCUUCUCAACUCAGGCUGUGUGGUUAGCCAGCCUGUAAUGAGAGGAGAGAGGCCUGAGUCACCUAGCAUAGGGUUGCAGCAAGCCCUGGAUUCAGAGUGUUAAACAGAGGCUUGCCCUCUUCAGGACAACAGUUCCAAUUCCAAGGAGCCUACCUGAGAUCCCUACUCUCACUGGGGUCCCCAGGAUGAAAAUGACAAUGUGCCUUUUUAUUAUUAUUUAUUUGGUGGUCUUGUGCAUUUAAGAGAUCAAAUGUAUAACCACCUAGCUUUCUUCACCUGACUUAGUAACAACUCAUGCUAACUGGUUUGGAUGUCUUCAUUGUGACUUCUAUCGACCACUAGAUAAACGUGUGCCAGUCCCCCGGGAGGUGGGAAUAAUUUAUAAUCUGUCCAGCCAGAAAA